AUGCCGUGGAAGCUCAAAGCGCCACUUCCUACACCCACACCCACGCCAACACCCAUAUCCACACCACUCUCCCACGGCCUCACCGGCCAGCCACCCCCCUUCGACCCCUUCAAUCCCACCUCUCCAACUCUACCACCAGGAGGAACUUUCCUCAAGAAGAAUCCCAAAUUCUCGGGCCUCGACCACGGCGACCUCCUCGCUAUAAUCACCAUUGUCGUAGUCGUCACAGGAGUCCUCAUCUUCCAAGCCCGCAAAGUUUAUAACAGAAAGAAGGCGGAACGGCGACGAUCUACAGAUGGAAAUAGAAGCAGAGACACGGACAUCGAGAGGCAAAGCGUGAAGCCGGUGGAUUCCAAGUCAACUUGGUAUUCGAAAUCGGGGAUGGUGGUCAAGGGCUUCGUGGCCCGCAGCUUGAGCACAAGAUCGAAUCCAUAUGGCUCGGAAUCCCAGGUGUUUUCGAUGAGCGGGACUACAGUUGCCGGAAGUGGUGCUACAUCGAGAGCGCAGAACGAGCGAAGGUGGUGGGGAAAUAUAGCUAAGCGUGGAGACGCGAUGGCCACAGACAGAGAGGUUGGGUCGAUCUCGCCGAUAAUGGAGCACGGUGAAGGUCUCAUCAGAUCGAUCCCGGGAAGUGCAUCAUGGUGGCAAAGAAACAACAAUAGCAUGCCUUGUCGACAUUGUGGCGGAGGAACGGUUGAUUGGAGGCAUAUGGGAGAUGACUGCCUGGACAGCGAGGUUCGGUCGGCGGAUGGAAGAGCACCACAGCAGAGUGGCGUUGACAGCCAACAGGCAGAGAUAUCAAACGGUGUGAACCCACAAGAGUUGACGGCUGCGUUGACGAGGUUGCGCUCGUUCGAUCCGGCUGUGUGCAAGACACCUGCUGGCGAUAGAGGGGGUUUGGUUGAUGUUUGGAUCUGA